GCCUGGGUUCCAGUUCCUUUUCACGAUAACAACAAAAUGGCGGAUGUUCGUUUCGUGUUGUUCUAGAAGAUGACAUCGUGUAUUUCAAGAAUAAUGGACGAUCGAUAACGACUAAUCGAAUUUACUGAAUUAAACUAUGUUCUACAAUGCGAUCUAGCGCAUCUGGCUCUGCUGGGGUCAAGCGAAAGGCAUCGUGCACUGAAACCGGCGAGAGUUCGGGUUCUGAGUCGAAACGAAAACGAAGCAGUGCUUUGAAGAGAGCUGGUCCUUACUUACUUGGACCACGACUGGGAAAUUCACCGGUCAGAAGCAUCGUCCAAUGUCUAGCGAAGAGAGAAGGGACUGAUGAUUUUUACUCGAUAAAGAUCUUGACUUUGGGGGAACCAGGCCAAGAAACACAAGAUGACAAGCAAGGAAAGAUGUUACUUCACACGGAGUAUUCGUUACUUUCCCUUUUGCACGACGAAAAAGGAGUUGUCCACCAUCAUGGGUUAUUCAAGGACGAGUACGUGGAAGAUGUGACUUCGGAUCAACUCGAAAGUAGAGUUACAGGCAGUAUUUCUCAAGCGGGUUCGAGUAGGACACGAUUUCGUACUCGUCAUCGUUUGUGUUUAGUUUUGGACUGCCUGUGUGCCCAUGAGUACAGCGCCGACACUGCGGACUUGAUCAACCUCCAACAUUACGUGAUACGUGAGAAAAGACUCAAUGAACGGGAAGCAGUGAUUAUAUUCAAUGACAUCGUGCGAGUGGUCGAGUGUCUUCACAAGAAAAACAUUGUUCAUCGAGAUCUAAAGCUUGGGAAUAUUGUACUCAAUCGAAGGACAAAGAAAAUCACAGUGACAAAUUUCUGCCUGGGGAAGCACUUGAUACGAGAGGAUGACUUGUUAAAAGACCAACGAGGCAGUCCGGCAUACAUCAGCCCAGAUGUACUCAGCGGUGCCCCGUACUCCGGCAAGGCAAGUGACAUGUGGGCACUAGGCGUUGUACUUUACACCAUGUUGUAUGGACAGUUCCCUUUUUAUGACAGCGUCCCGCAUGAGCUAUUCCGGAAAAUAAAGAGUGCAGAGUUUGUGAUCCCAAGUGAUAGUCCUGUCUCUGAGAACACCAAGUCUUUGAUCCGCUUGCUGCUGAUGCUAAAUCCCCUGAAGAGGUUGACAGCAAGCAAAGUGCUUGGCUUUUUACAAAACACUAUGUCUUCCUGGUACUUGACAGCUACCCUAGCUGAGCCUGCACAGAUAGUUCCAGAUGCUGACGAGGAGAACAACAAAAAACAAAUCACAGAAGAAGCAACAAGCCACGAAAUUCCAACAGGUUUAGAGACAAGGCUUAGCACUCUCAGCGAUGAUUUUUUUGCGAAGGAACCCCUCGGCACCGUGACCCGUGACGUCAUACCUCAACCACCAAUCAGACGCAUUUCUCAGGACGCACGACCGCUGACCGCUGCUGAGAUCCUGGCUCAUCGCCAUCUUCUUUAGUAAUACGUGAUAUGUUGCUCUGGUGCGCUUAUUCAAAAGCAAAUGAUUCUGGUAAUAAGCACGUGAUUCAGUAAUAUCACGCGUGCCAUAACACAAGCACGUGAUCUUUAAAAAUUCGCACGUGAUCCAGUAAUAUUACGCGUGCUAACACACAAACACGUGAUCUUUAAAAAUUCGAACUCGAUCCAGUAAUAUUAUCACGCGUCCUAACACAGCACAACCACGUGAUCCUGUGAGAUGCGCACGUGAUCAAGUAAUAUUAUCACGUGUGCUAACACACAAGCAAUGAUCGUGUGAGAUGCGCACGUAAUCGUAAUGCCAUGUCUUGGCUGGACACGUGACGCACAAAGACUUAAGGGCCGUCUACACGGGCGAGUUUUACUUGACAAGAAAAAGUUGCUCGUGUAGACGGGAAAAGUUGACAAGUUUUUCCUUGACAAGUUCACUUGUUCAAAAGCUGGCGUGUUUGCUUUUACUUGACAAGUCUUACUUGCCAAGUGCACUAAGUUGAUCGUGUAGACGCUCAACAAGUUUAUCGUAGAAAGUAGUUCAUAGGCCCCCUUUUCUCGUGCUUGUGAACUAUCCAAAAAGCUGCCAUUGCUGCUGUAGCUGGCAUGGUUUGUCUCUUUGUCAGUCUGUCUAUUUUGUUAUCAUUUGUUAUUUUUUUUUUUAUAUCGCCGCUGUCUAAAGGCAUUACUAGUUUAUCGCACGGAAAACUUGUCCAGUAAAAGUUGCUCAUGUGGAUAGCACGUCUACACGAACGACUAGAAUUGUCAAGAAAAACUUGUCAAGUAAAAAUUGCCCGUGUAGACGGCCCUUUAUAUGUUGUUCAUACAUGCUCCUACAAGUGACUUUAAUAGGCACCCGCGGGAAUAAACACUUGACUUUUAUAUUUUCCAUAUGUAUAGUGGCUACCGUCCUCUAAGAUUCUUAGUAGCCAAUUCACUUUGCUUGUGCAUGUCGCGUUUAUUUUACUAGUUUAAACGGAUCCCGUUCGCUCGAUUUGUAGAUUUCCCUUACUUUCUGUCUGUGCCAAUGCAUCUAUAGUCUUCAAAGCUGUAAAUAUUUUCCCUUCUGCUUGGCUCAAAAUUAGCCCUCAGAUAUUGAUUAUAUUUAUAUAUAUUAUUGUAAGUAUUAUCUAUAAUAAAAAGACCCGUUCUAUCUCUUUUCAAACGCGGCGUUCGCGCGAUUUCAUAGUUGCAUUUCCGUAACUUUCUGUCUUUGUGCUGAUAUAUCUAUUUCUUGAAAGCAGUUUUUUCCUACUUCUUUCCCUUCAGAUAUUGAAUAUUACAUAUUAUUGUAAGUAUUAUCUAUUAUAAAUAAAAUGUGUUUUAUCAAGAUAAA